GUGGUGCCCGUGGCUGGCUCGUCCGAGUCCAAGCCGGCCGAGGCAUUCAAGGGACUGGCAUGCCGCGACGACUCGAUCUGCCGACGGAUGGAUGACUGCACGAACAAGCAAGCUGCACGACGGGCAGGGCAUACAUGCAACGGAUGGCCAUACUUUCAAGGAGGUUAUCCGCUCGUAGGACUUGACUGGGACGAUGAGAACGAGAUCUACACCUGCAGCAAGGAGGCGAGCUCGGGCGAGUACUGCUUCGCCUGGGACACCCUCGAGUUUUCAGCAAAGUAGCGGGAGACGGGCUCCUGUGGUUGCACUACCUACACCAACACCACUUGCAGUGUCUGGGAGUGUCUGCAGACCGAGAUCGACCUCUGCCGCUCCGAAGAGUGGGAAUCGGGUACCGCUUGCUGCUCGAGGGACUCGGACCGCAACACAAUCUGCAGGCAACGCGAGAUCGAUUCCGAGUUUACCCGCUGCUCAUGCCACAGGUACGCAACAGGUACUGCAGGCUCAUCAUCGAUCUGCGUCGCCUGGACUUGCGUCGAAAUCGACAACAAUGGCGCUGGUGCCGCCGAGCACGAGUCGUACACCUGCCUCGAGCUCGGUCAGUAUGUCUGCGACCGCUACAUCGGCGACAUAUGGUCGAGCGAGGAGUUUGAGCAGUCGGACUGCUCCUGCACUGACGUGUCUGACAACAACAAGUACUGCCGCCGCUGGCAGUGCUACGAGCGCGGGCUCAACUACCACAACCCGAACCUGUGGUACAUCUUCCUCGCCCUCCUCGUGGGUGGCGGCGCCUUUGCCUUUUGCCUCACAUCGCUUUACAUCGCCUUUGUUCCGCUCUUUUGCUGCGGCCUUCCCGGCUGGAUCGUCGUUAUGUUCGUCUCGACCAUGAUGGGCGGCAUCUACACCCUCCUCAUCUCAGGCAUCAUCUUCCUCUGCCUCUUCCUCGCCGCUGACUUUUUCGCCUUUACACACAAUCUCGAGGGCUUUGGCUCCAUCAUCUUCCGCCCGAUCGUUGCCUGCUUCUUUAUCUGCUACAGGGCCAUCGACAACGCUACUGCUCCCGAACCCGUCCAUCUUGAGACCUCUUACUCUUACGAUGAGACGUGUGACACCGCGACGACCGGCACCGCAGUCUCAUCUGACAACUCGGACGAGUUCAACCCAUUUGCUCCACACCCCGACGCCACGAAGGACAAGCCCCCAUCGUACGACAAGCUGUAUAAGAAGUAAGCUGCUCUGCAUAGGCACCUUGACAGUCCGACAUACUUACUGGCGACACCCAGUCCAAGGCCACGGCCUGAUCGCUUUGCAACCUCGACCAGUACAAUCUGCCAUCGAUCUCA